CUCACUUCCUGUUACACAACCGCGCCAAUGCUGUUGUCACGCAAUGAAAACAGUUGGGUGCACAGGAAAUCAACUUUUUCUGACUGUACGCAUCAUUUGAUUUUGUGAAAAUGGAGGGAAGGCCCAGGAGUGUCUGUGGGUCCGCCCCAUCGUAUCACUUCUGCUUUGACUCGUCAAAACUGUACCAAAGAUCCAAACACCGUGCGACCGCGGCACCGCCGACGACGCUGCUGUGAGUCCUCGUGUCAAUGAAGGCAAGAUCUUUCUUGAAGCCAAAAGCCACUCAGCGACUUACCGCCGGAUUUGUCAUCAUCUUUGUUUGAAAGCGACAAAUUUGGUACCUUUCUACUCGUCUUCUUUCGGCUCUCCAUUUGCCGAUCCAGGAAGUUUGUCUUCUUUGACUCACCAACGUCUGUGUCGUGGCCCUCAUCUCGCUUCGCCUCGCCUCACCUCGCACAGCAAAACCGAAAGCAAGUUGCCCAGGCAAGUCCAUGGACGACUUCAUGACAAACUCUGUGACCGAGGAGCCCUGGUCCGAUGAUCCAACGGCCAGCACCCCGGACUACGAGUAUCCGGACCUGACAUGCAAUCUGGCACCGGUGCGGGCCUUCCGGCGCGCAUGGGAGCCGCCGCUCUUUUGGAUGAUCGCGGUAGUGGGUGGUGCCGGGAACCUGGCGGUGGUCUGGAUCUACCUGAACAUCCGUCGCCGUCUCAAGACCAUGACCGACGUGUUCCUGCUCAACCUGGCUGUGGCCGACCUUUUGUUCUUGAUCACGCUGCCGUUGUGGGCGGCUGAGGCGUCUCACGGCUGGACCUUUGGCGCCGCCAUGUGCAAGGUGACCUUGGCGGUGUACAAAGUGAACCUGUUCAGCUCCACGCUGCUUCUGACCUGCAUAAGCGUGGAUCGCUACGUGGUCAUCGUGCAGACGGCCAAGGCCCGAAACUCGCAGGCCGAGCGGCGCCGCUGCGGGCGGCUGGCAUGUGCUGCCGUCUGGCUGGCCGCUUCGCUGCUGGCCACGCCUGAGCUGGUCUUCGCCACCGCUGCCUCGACCGAGAUGGAGGAGGGCCCGCGCCACUUCUGUCGGAUGCUGUUCCCGCCGCACAUGGGCCAGCACACCAAGAUGGCCACGCUCUGGGUCCAGGUGCUGAUGGGCUUCUGCCUGCCCUUUGCCGUCAUGGCGGUGUGCUACGGCGCUGUGGUGGCCACGCUGCUCAAGACGCGUGGCUUCCAGCGGCACAAGGCCAUGCGCGUGGUCCUGGCCGUGGUGGCCGUUUUCCUGACGACCCAGCUGCCCUACAACGCCGCGCUGGUGACAGAGGCCACGCAGGCGGCUCACGUGACCAUCACUGACUGCCAUGAGCUGAAGCGCUUUCUGAAGGCGGGCCAGGUGCUGAAGACCGUGGCCUAUCUGCACGCCUGCCUCAACCCCUUCCUCUACGCCUUUGUGGGUGUGCGCUUCCGCCGGGACCUCCUUCGCUUGCUGCAGCUCUGCGUCUGCCGGCGGCGCCCGCCGGCGCCCUCGGACCAGCUCGCUCGCUACGGCAAAAGCGGACUUGGUUCUCCUAGAACGUCCGACAGCGACACCUCGCAGGCACUGUCUCUGUAGGCCCGGGCAGACAAAACAAGUGCCGGAAAGACGCUCGUCACACUUUUUGAUUUCUUUCUGCACUUCCUGUUUUCACCUCAUCGCCAUUUGUGUGAGAGAUGGGGGGGGGGGGGUUAGG